AUGGGGAAAAACCAUCGACGGUGUUUCUUCGAUAUCGCUAUCGAUGGGCGAGAAGCUGGAAGAAUAGUGUUCGAACUAUUCGAUGAUGUCGCACCCAAGACAACGGAAAAUUUCGUGAAGCUAUGUACUGGAGCUGCAGGAUUAGGCAAGCAAAGUGGGAUUCCGUUACAUUACAAAGGAUCGACUUUCCACAGAGUCAUAAAGGAUUUCAUGAUUCAGGGUGGUGAUUUUACAACCGGCAAAGGAACUGGUGGUGAAUCAAUUUAUGGAGGACUGUUUGAUGAUGAACCUUUCAUUUUGAAACAUGAUCAGCCUUUUCUUCUGUCAAUGGCUAAUAAGGGACCGAAUACGAAUGGCUCUCAGUUUUUUAUAACAACCAAGCCUGCGCCGCAUCUGAAUGAUAAGCACGUCAUCUUUGGCAAGGUAAUAUCUGGUAGUGAAGUAGUGACUGAAAUAGAACAUCUCAAAGUGAAUGCCAGGUCUUGUCCAGUGGCUGAUGUAAUCAUCACAAACUGUGGCGAGUUAGUGAGGAAACGAAAAAAGGAAGUAAGCACCAGUUCGGAAAGCGAAUCCUCUGAAAGGUACUUUUAUUUUUAUCACGAAAGAAGUGCAAGUGUUGAGAAACCAGAGAAAACCGAGGAAAGGGAUGCUGUAGCGGUACUGUCCCUGCAUACUGUUGAUAUCAUCAUGAUUCAUUUUUUAUGCAUUUUUGUCCAUUUUCUUUUCAGGUGUGCUCAAUUAAAAAAGAAGAUCUUCCACCUGAGCCACCAAAUCAACAUUCAUUUCUCAUGCGUCGUUCCAAAACUCCUGAAGACCGGAAAAAGGCUAAGGUAG